UAUGUUCUUGAAGAAGAAGUGCAGAUAUGGAUCACGUAAGCUGCAGUUUCUCUUGCUGUUUCUGAUGCUGGGGUUUUUACUACUGAUGGUUACAACGCUGAAUCCACCACCCAGCAACCAGAGCAAGGAAGGGACUUUCCAGCCUGUGGAGUUCAACCCCCGGGAAGGGUAUCAGCUGGACUUUGUGGAGACCCAAGAGAUGCUGGAAACCCAGGAGGAGAGCCAGCAGUACUACCCUUUGGAUGGUCUAUCGCCUUUCAUCUCCCUGCGGGAGGAUGAGUUGAUCAUGGCCGUCGUGUCGCCCACCGGCAAAAGGAACCACAGCAGGGCCAGGAAGGGCUAUCGCGUGGUGAAGCAGCAGGGCAGGCGGCCGGAGGGGAAGGCAGAGGGGGGCCCCGAGUCCCAGCCGCUGUCCCUGCCCCUGCAGGAUGGGCAAGGGGCUGCGGCGGGGGAGCGGCCGCUCGGCCUGGAAACGCACGGCUUUAACGAGGUGCUCAGCGAGCGGAUCGCGCUGCGCCGGGACCUGCCUGAGGUACGACACCCGUUGUGCCUACAGCAAAAAUAUGACUCCAGUCUGCCUACUGCUAGUGUCAUCAUCUGUUUCCAUGAUGAAGCCUGGUCUACUCUGCUGAGAACUGUGCACAGCAUUAUGGAUACAGCCCCAAAGGCCUUACUCAAGGAUAUCAUCCUAGUUGACGAUCUCAGCCAGCAAGGGCCCCUGAAGUCGGCUCUGAGUGAAUACAUCUCUAAGCUGGACGGUGUGAAGCUCAUCCGGAGCAACAAGAGGCUUGGAGUCAUCCGCGGUCGGAUGCUGGGAGCCGCUCGGGCUACCGGGGACGUGCUCAUCUUCAUGGAUUCCCACUGCGAGUGUCAGAAGGGCUGGCUGGAGCCCCUCCUGGCCAGGCUCUCCAGCAGCAGAAACAGUGUCAUCUCCCCUGUCAUAGAUGUCAUAGACUGGAAGACCUUUCAGUACUAUCACUCUGUGGGCUUGCAUCGAGGUGUUUUUGAUUGGAAAUUAGAUUUUCAUUGGGAGCCAGUGCCAGAGCAUGAAGAGAAGGUACGACAGUCUCCCAUCAGCCCUAUCAGGAGUCCUGCAGUAGCUGGUGCAGUGGUGGCCAUGGAUCGACAUUACUUCCAAAAUACUGGAGCUUAUGAUUCUGACAUGACCAUGUGGGGAGCAGAAAACCUGGAACUAUCCAUUAGGACCUGGCUCUGUGGUGGCUCUGUAGAAAUUAUCCCAUGCUCCCGAGUUGGGCACGUCUAUCGAAAUCACUUCCCCCGCGCUUUCUCCUAUGAAGAGGCCAUUGUGAGGAACAAAAUCCGGAUAGCAGAGACCUGGCUGGGCUCCUUUAAAGAGAACUUCUACAAGCAUGACACAGUGGCUUUCUUAAUCAGCAAGGCAGAAAAGCCAGACUGCAGCGAGCGCCUUCAGCUACAGAAGAGACUGGGCUGUAGAAAUUUUCAGUGGUUUCUAUCAAAUGUGUACCCUGAACUCUCCCAGUCUGGAGACACACCAAGGUUCUCUGGCAAGCUUUACAAUACUGGUGUUGGCUUCUGUGCAGAUUACAGGCCUGGAAGAGCUACUGCAGAAGGGUCUAUUGAGCUCUCCCCUUGCAGUGACAGUCCCACCCAGCACUUUGAAUAUAACAUGAAGGAAAUCUUGCUUGGUUCUGCUCCACGGCUUUGCUUUGAUGUCAGACACGGGAAGGUUAUCCCUCAAAACUGUACAAAGGAGACAGACAACAGCAACCAGCACUGGGAUGUCCAGGAGAAUGGAAUGAUUGUCCAUGUCCUUUCUGGCAAAUGCAUAGAGGCAGCAAAGAGUGAAGAUGAGAAGGACUUGUUUCUGUGUGCAUGUAACAAGAACACAAAUCAGGUGUGGCAAUUUAAGCGUUCCCAUGGACUGCGUCAGAGGUGA